AAUGAGAUGCAGUAGUGGAGUAGUGUAGGUGUGUGGUGUGACAGCGCACGGUUAUUCGGCCUAACGCAGACAGCGAUGAGACAUAGACACGGGAUAGACCUGAGACCCGUAACUAAUGGCUACAUUAAUGGAGCGACUGGCUUUCUUGCAAAAAAUGCCGACUCUUAUGAAAGCGACGGCAGAUGACGAAGUGCCCUGUCCAGGAUACCUCUUCGAGGAAAUCAGCAAAAUUUCCCAUGAGUCUCUGGGCUGCUGCCAGUGUCUUCUUGAAUACCUUCUGGAGAGGCUGCAGGUUGAGUCAUGUCAUGUCAAACUGAAGGUUUUGAAGAUCCUGCUGCACCUCUCUGGCCACAGUCCUCCGCACUUUGUCACAGAACUGAGGCGAAAUGCCACCUUCAUCCAGGAAGUGACAGUGUACAGUGGUCCUCCAGACUCUGUUCAUGGCAACGCACUCUUUCAGAAAGUCCGGCUCUUGGCACAGGAAUUGGCCAGUGUGCUCUUCACUGACAUGAUGUCAACAGAGUCUGGUGUUUCUGCCUAUAAAGCAGCAGGUCCAACUCUAGGAAUGGGACCAGAGUUUCUCAGAUCAGGAAUGCUGGGAUUUGGAAGUAGCCCAGCGAGGAAAUCAUCUAAUACAGUGGGUAUUUUGGGUAAGAUUCAGAAGGCUGCGGAGGUGGUUGCCAGUGCAGUCCUGCCCCCCACAGAGCAUGCUGGCAUUCGACUCCACGAUAAUCACUACCGGGCUGUGGUGGCACCCUCUGCUGUUGUGGAGGUUGCAGUUCCCGCGUGCGCCUACAAUGUCCCUUCACGCAGCCACAAGGCCUCUUACAGGUCCCCUGGGCAGGUGAGUGGAGGUUGGGAGGAGACGGGCAGUGACCACAGCUCCUCUCACAAUUCUUCUUUUGAGACUGAACCGAUCAUUCAAACCUCAGUGAGGGGAAGCAGUAAGUCAGGAGACACGGGCAGCCACUCAGGGGCGAGCAGAGAGAGUGGAGACAGCGUAUCAGAACGGGUGGAGGCUGUACAGUUGGGAGACUGUGGCCAGGAGAUGGCGCUGAUCAGUAGACUAACAAAUGGAUUUAAAAUAUUUCUGUCCAGGGAUGAAAGCCAAUGUUUCGUUAAAGAGUGUUCUACAUUAAACUGUGAAGUUGUGGUAGAGCUUCUCUGUCAUAAACUACAGGACUCCUCACAAAACACCCAAAUGAGGGCCCUGUGUGGUCUGGCAUGCCUGAUGUGCACAGAUCUGCUAUCUUUAGAGCAGAUCUUCACUGUUACACAUGCCCGACUCACCCAGUUGAGUAAGGGCACAGCAGGACCUGUAACGAACAAGGCAACCAAGCUUCUUAGGCAGUUUGAAGCUCUAUUAGGAACUUCCUUGGAAACAACCACACGUGACGUCACGGUGGGUCCAGAGUCAUCCGUUGCCUCACAUUCAGGGCAGCACUUAAAUCAAACCCUCACCAGUCCCCUUCUCUCUGCACCACUGGAAGCUGCUGGAAAGAAAUCUUCAUCCAUAAGUAAAGAUCCCACUGCUGGACAGGAAGACCAGGAGAACGUUUGUACUGUUUCUGUAGAGGAGAGCAUUCAGAAAGAGCAGACUGGUUUUGGAAACCAAGAUAGAAGCACAGACUCCUGUGAGAGCUCUCAGCAGCUUGUACCCAGAUUGUCACUGUUCAGUGGCAUGGAGCUGAUAAACAGAGGAAAGCCUGUGUGUCUGGUUGAGCCUGUUCUUGUAGUUCCAGAGACCCAGGCUGAAGCAGAAGUCGUCGACACGUUCGUGGAGAAGAGCUCAGAAAUAUCAUCAGAGCCGUCUUCAUCCUCUAGUGGAGAGCAAGUGUCUCCCUUCUCUUUCCUCAACCUCUGACCUGUCAUGUUGUUUAGACAACUUUUUGUUGUAGAUGUAGAUGUAGAAUCAGUGGUCCUGUAAGGAAAACAUAACUAGAUUGGAAUAAUAUGGGUGUAGCGUGCAAAAUUUUAAACUGCACUAGAUGUAUGAAGGUAUGACAAUGCCAUAACAAAUCAUCCAUACUUGACUAUACUUGAUGAGUAACUACAUAUUUAGGUUUAAAAGUGAUACCCACACAUGGUCAGAUUAGAGAGGAUGUGGCUGCUCAAAUCAAAAGAUGUUGUACCAGGAUAUAUGAUACAUACUCCCUCAGGAAAGGAUAGCUAAAGUCAAGUGUGGCACUGAUCUUUAUAUAAUAUGUAUACAUAUCUAGAUGUUGCUAGUGUUUUAUAAUCAAAUCCAAUGGGUCAUAUGUUCAGUGAUGAAUUGAGUGGAACGGUGUUGACAAACUGUGUGUAGCAAUAUAGUAGGGGUGUAACUGAUAUGGCAUAUACAGUAAUAAUGACACGUGUAUCAAUAGAAACCUCAUUGAGCCGAAAAUACCUUCUCUGAAAGAUAAGCUUCGUAUUUAUCUGGAGAGACUAUAGAGGUUUUAAAACGCCUCUCUUAAGCAAGCUGUUUUACUUAUACCAGCAACCACAUAUACUGUGGUUGCUGGUAUACUGGGGCAUCGGAAGGUCACGGGUUUAAACCCCAGUACCACCAAGUUAAAGCUGUUAGGCCCUUAAACAAGGCCAUUAGCUCUCAACUGCUAUGAUGUAAUAUGAGAUAAAAUGUUAGUCGCUCGGGAUAAGGGCCUCUGUAAAUGUAAGCUUUCCGGAUUUAAACCAGGCUGUAGAAAUUAUGCCAGCGAUGGGGAAAUUACCAGCUGCAGUUAUGAGACUCGACUCUGUAUAUCGAAGAAGCCAGGAUUAAAAAAGGUGUGUGAGCUUCAGAGAAAGGUAACUAACUGCACAACUAGCCAACAGCAGAUUUUAAAAUUAAACCAAAGCCCUGUACUUCAGAUGUGUGCCCCCUUGCGAGUCAUUACAAAGAAGCUUGAUUAAUGUUUAAUUAGCCAUGCUUAAAUUUGUGACACUCUAAUGAACAGCUUAUGUUUAAUUACAUUUACAUAAACAGUCAUUAUUAAGCAUGUAAUCAGGCACUGCUUGUUCGUACAGUGCUAAAAAAUAUUACGUAUCGGGACAACGUCCAUCGAAUUCUCCAUAUCGUUACAUCCCUACUAAACAUUUAGUACGUUUACCUGAGUAAGUAUUCUAAAGUCAUCAAGUUGUUCAGUGGGAAGCAUGGUCCCAGGUUCAAUCCUGAGCUCAGGUUCGUGUGUGGAGUUUCACUUGUUCUCUCUUGGUCUGUGUAGGUUUAUUUCAGGUACUCCGUUUUCCUCCCACCUCUGAAAAAAUGUCUAAGUAGGUGGUUUGGCUGAAGAUUAAUUUGUGUGUGUGUGUGUGUAUGUGUGUGUGUGUGUAUAUGCUGGCCCGGGGUAAUCCCUGCCAAAUACCUGGUGUUCCCAGGAUUGGUUCUGGAUUCACUUCAUCCCUAACCAGCAGGUACUGAAAGCGAGUGAGAGAAUGCUCCCGGUAUACUCUGCAGGUACUCCUCUGAGGAGUGACAAAUUGUACAUUUACUGAUGUACUUGACUGAUGUGUUGCUGAUGAGAGAAAAACUGAUCAAAGAUGUACCUCAGGAUUCUUUUUCCCUCAGUGUUUACCUUGCCUGACACAUAUUGUGUCUCAUUACAAAUAACUUAAUGAUACUUUUAUUUUUUUGCACUAUGGAGUUAUUCCUCAAAGCUAUGGAUGUCUUCCAAUAAUUUAAAAACCUUUACAAUUAACACAAAACACAAGAAUGAACAUGCAAAAUCAUUUCACAAUGUCCUUUUCAUGAAAUUGGCUACCUGUGGUUUCCCAAACUGUGCUAUGUACGUAUGUGAGUGUGAUCUGGAUCUGCAAUCAGACAUGGCAUAAAAUACACUGUAUUACUCAUAUCCUUAAUUAUGUAUUGACAUCAACACAAUAAAGGUAUUUAAAAACUUUUA